UAAAUGAUGCCGCGCGCUGAUUGGCUGCCGCCCGCUGACUCGCGCUCCAUCCCGCCGGCCGCCUCGCGCAGAGACGGCCCGGGUGCUCAGUCAGCGCUGCUCUCUGUGAUCCCCGGCCGGCGCUAUACUAUACCUGCCGCAGCUCCUCGCACACGCGCGCACACACGCACGCACUCACGCACGCACACGUACACACUCAUGAGUGCGCGUCGCGUCUGUGCGCGCCACCGGCGGCUGCAACCUGCCGACUUCACCUGAAUCAGCGGCGCGGGGAGCAGAACCUCUGAACGAUGCGCGCACAUUGCAUUAUGCGCUACCGCAGGUUAUUACUACUUUUGCGAUUUUUCAGGAGGUAACGGGGGAGGUGAACGCUCGCAUGCCCUCACCAUGGAUUGCCUUUUUCUUCUGAUGUGGACUUUACCCAUCCCGCUGGUCGGCUGCACCUCAGUCCGGCUGCUCUCCAGCCUCUUAUCCUGGAAUAUCAUCAAGACGCUGCACAUUUACUGCUCACACGCCUCCCACACCGUUUCGGCCGGCUAUUCAUCCAGCGACAGCCACGGAUUAAAUCACGACUACGUGUUUGUAACCCCCGUGGAGGUGGACUCCGCCGGAGGAUACCUGACCCACAACGUGGCCAGGCCGAGCCGUCGCAGCAAGAGGUCCGUGUCCUCGUCCCUGCAUUAUCGGCUCUCUGCCUUCGGGCGGGACGUGCAACUGGACCUGCAGCCGUCGCCUGUGCUCGGCCCGGGGUUCAGUGUGCAGACGCUGGGUGCCGACGGCGUCGUCACCGUGAUGAACGAUGGGGGCCUCCACAACUGCCUGUAUCAGGGGUCCAUCCGAAACCUGUCGUCCUCCGUAGCAGCCAUUUCAAUAUGUUCUGGAUUGUCUGGUUUGAUCCGCAUGUCGCAAGAGGAGUAUUUGAUCGCCCCGCUUCCCCAGCAUUUGGCAGAGCAGCACAACUAUAGCGCCCCGGUCGGUCACCACCCACAUAUCGUCUACAAACGCUCGGCAGAACGCGUUGUUCACAGAGGAUCCGAGAGCCCUUCGCACAUCGGUUCUUCCAGGCCUGAGAGUCUGUACCUUCAUUCUCACCACCACCAUCAUCAUCGGCAUCAUCGGCAGCAGCAGCAACAUCACCAUGACUACCAGCAUGGGAAGCUGCAGAGGCAACACUUCUGCGGACGCCGCAAGCAAUACGCUCCCCGGCCUCCUGCUGAGGACCGGUUCACCAUGCCCGAUGAGUUUGCGUCGCCCCAGGUGGAACCGCCAGGCAGGGCAAAGAGAUCGCCCAUUCAUUCCAACAGGGUGGGAGGUCUGAAUGUGGAGACUCUCGUGGUGGCAGACAGGAAGAUGCUGGAGAAGCACGGCAGAGACAACGUCACCACCUACGUCCUCACCGUCAUGAACAUGGUUUCCAGUCUUUUCAAAGAUGGCACCAUUGGGACUGACAUCAACAUUGUGGUUGUUAGCCUGUUAUUACUGGAACAGGACCCGCUGGGCUUGACCAUUAAUCACCAUGCCGACCAGUCCCUCAACAGUUUCUGUCAGUGGCAGUCGGGUCUGGUGGGGAAAGGAGGUAAACGACAUGACCAUGCUGUUCUGCUAACUGGGCUGGACAUCUGCUCCUGGAAGAACGAGCCUUGUGACACCUUGGGUUUUGCUCCCAUCAGUGGCAUGUGCAGUAAGUACAGGAGCUGUACCAUCAACGAGGACACGGGACUGGGCUUGGCUUUUACCAUUGCUCACGAGUCUGGGCACAAUUUUGGGAUGAUCCACGACGGAGAGGGAAACCCUUGUCGCAAGACAGAAGGCAACAUAAUGUCUCCCACGCUUGCUGGAAACAAUGGGGUUUUCUCCUGGUCCACUUGCAGUCGUCAGUACCUCAGCCGCUUCCUUGGAACAGCCCAGGCAUCCUGUCUGGUGGAUGAGCCCAAGCAGAUCGGUCAGUACAAGUACCCUGAGCAGCUGCCUGGGCAACUGUACGAUGCAGACACUCAAUGCAAGUGGCAGUUCGGCUCCAAGGCCAAACUCUGUGGCCUCGAUUUUGUCAAGGACAUCUGCAAGUCCCUGUGGUGUCAUCGCACAGGGCACCGGUGUGAGACCAAGUUCAUGCCCGCUGCAGAAGGAACCAGCUGUGGCCUUGACAUGUGGUGUCGGAGGGGUCAGUGUGUGAAAUACGGAGAGCAUGGCCCGAGGGCAGUUCAUGGCCAGUGGUCAGCGUGGUCUCCAUGGUCUGACUGCUCCAGGUCGUGCGGAGGGGGCGUCAUGUACAGGGAGCGCUCCUGCACCAGCCCAAGGCCCCAGAACAAUGGCAAAUUUUGCGUUGGCUCCAGCCGCCUGAACCAGCUGUGCAACACUCGCCCGUGCCCUCUUAAUGCUGUGACCUUCAGGGCCCAGCAGUGUGCGGAGUACAACAGUAAACCCUUCAGGGGCUGGUACUACAAGUGGAAGCCCUACACCAAAGUGGAUGAAGAAGACGUCUGUAAAUUGUACUGCAUUGCAGAGGACUUUGACUUCUUCUUUGCGAUGUCCAGCAAGGUUAAAGAUGGCACCACCUGCUCUGAUCACAACAGAGAUGUCUGCAUCGAUGGAGUGUGUGAGGCAGUUGGUUGCGACCAGAUUUUGGGUUCCAAGGCCUCUCUGGACGCCUGCGGCAUCUGUAAGGGAGACAAUUCCACUUGCAAGUUCUUCAAGGGCCAGUACACGCUGCAGCACAGGGCUAAUGAGUAUUACUCCAUGGUAACAAUCCCAGCUGGGGCUCGAAGCAUCCACGUCAGGGAGAUGGAAGUCUCCACCAGCUACCUGGCUGUCCGCUCCUUGAAGAGGAAGUACUACUUGACUGGUGACUGGACUGUGGACUGGCCGGGAAAAUUCCACUUUGGUGGAGCUGUGUUUGCCUACGAGCGCUCUUUCAACAAGCCGGAGAGUGUGUAUGCUGCUGGACCUACUAAUGAGACGCUGGUGUUUGAAAUCCUUCUACAGGGAAAGAACCCGGGCGUGUUAUGGGAGUACACUCUGCCUCGCACUGAGAGGAAACCGGACUACAGCUGGGGUGUAGUGCGGUCGGACUGCUCCGCUCCAUGUGCUGGAGGUCGUAUCUCGACCAAGGCGAUCUGCCUGCAGGACCAGAAGGUGCAGGUCAACUCCACCAUGUGUAAUCCUCACACCAGACCCACGCUGGGCUCCCAUCUCUGCAACACGCAGCCUUGCCCUGCAUAUUGGGCGACAGGCGACUGGGGAUCCUGCAGUCGCUCGUGCGGAGGAGGUCAGCAGACGAGGGCGCUGCGCUGCCUGAGGAAGGUGACCUACCAGAGGGACGAGGUGGUGGCCCACUCCCUCUGCCCCGUCGUCGCCCCUGCCCAGGUCCAACCCUGCCACACCCAGGCCUGCCCGCCCGAGUGGAGCACUGGAUCCUGGUCACAGUGCUCCAAGUCUUGUGGUCGUGGACUAAGGAAGCGAAGCGUAUUUUGCAGCAGCACUGACCCUGGGGCAAAAGCGGUCGUGGUGCCCGACAGCAUGUGCAGACAGCACCACAGACCCAAAGCCCAGGAGACCUGUGUCCUGCGGCGCUGCCCCAAAAAUGAGAGGCUCCAGUGGACUCCCACUCCCUGGGGAGAGUGCUCCAGGUCUUGUGGUUCUGGUGUCCAGAAGAGAGAGCUUCACUGUGGAGAGAGAGACUCCCAAGGCGGGUAUGUGGAGUUCCCCGUGCGGAGGUGCAGGAAUAUGGCUAAACCUUUGGUGGAGCUCCAGCAAGGCUGCAACCAGGGUCCGUGCCCCGAGCUGCCGCGGGCCUUUCCCGGCAGAACCACCUCCAGCGCCGUGGUCUUGGGCUGGUACGCCUCUCCCUGGCAACAGUGCUCUGUGUCCUGCGGCGGUGGGGUCCAGACCCGGUCCGCUCAGUGUCUCCGGCAAGGUCGCCCUGCAGCUGGCUGCCUGCCGCACCAGAGGCCCGUCACUUCCCGGGCGUGCAACACUCACUUCUGUUCCGCCGCGCUCCCUGCUCCGGCGUAUCGGCCCAGUCGGGUCGUAGACGCUGGAGUGACACGUAAAGAUGAGCACUGCUUGGACCAUUUCAGCUGGUGCUACUUGGUGCCGCAGCACGGCGUGUGCAACCACAAGUUCUAUGGACAGCAGUGCUGCAAGUCCUGCUCCAGCAAGAGGCUGUAGAGCCGCCCGCAGGGGAGCAUCACGCGUACGACACGGAGAACGGUGCUCAACAAUGUGUUUUCUUCCUGAAGUACUUGACCAGUCUUGAAAAGAAGUUAUAAGGUGAGAAUCCAGAGACAUUUUUUUUUUGUGAAAGGCAGAGUGGUCACUCAUCGUCUUGGAACUGUUAAGUCACACAACAUCUGAAGAAUUAUAAUUUAAAUGUUGUUUUUGAGAGACACAACACCACAAGCCAUCACAAGAACAAGGACAACAGCGACUUUAGCUUGCUUAUAUAUAUUUAAAGGUGUCUGGUCUCACACGCCUUUAUUUAAGUUAUUACGGUUGUGCUUGCGUAUUAUUUCCAUUUUGUCCGGUGUCAUGUUCUGUCUGUGUUUGGUAACGACUGUGCCAAUCACCCUCGGAGACUUCAUUUGUUGUUUUGCUGUUGAAUACUACCUGGACACAUACUUCCUGUGCAUCUCAUUCAUGUAAACCCAGUCUGUAAAA